CGCGGAAGUGGCCUCCUGGGAUGAAGGGAAGAAAGUAAGGAGACAGGAAAUUGGGUGUCUUGGUCUGUUGUUAAUAACACGGUACCACAGACUAGGUACGUUAUAAAGCAAAGAAGUGUAUUUUGGCUUCCAGUUCUGCCUCAAGCUGGAAGGGCUGCAUCUGGAGCUACUCUUGCUGGCAGAGCCCCAAGAUAGGGCCAGCUUUUGCAAAAGAUAGGUGCUCUGCACCUGCCUUGCUAGCACAAGGUCCUGAGUUCGAUCCUCAGUACAGGGACAGGAUGGGCUCUCCAGAGACUGAGCCCCCCAGGUUUUUAGAGCAGACCCACUCAGAAGGUAACCGGUUAUUCACCCUGUAAUAGCAUAAAGGAUAACCCUUUCAGAAGGAAGGCAGGGUCCUAAUCAGCUCUUAAGGGCCCCAUCUCACCGCCACGAGUUUCAAGAGGGAUAAACCAUGUUCAUCCGGCUGGGGAGCAACUGGCAGCUGCCCAAGGCUGGAGCACAGGCCGCCAUGCACGUGAGGAAAUACCUGCUGAAGGGGCUGCACCGGCUGCAGAAGGGCCCGGGCUACACCUACAAGGAGCUGCUGGUCUGGUACUGCAACAACACCAACACGCACGGCCCCAAGCGCAUCAUCUGCGAGGGGCCCAAGAAGAAGGCCGUGUGGUUCCUGAUCACCCUGCUCUUCGCCUCGCUCGUGUGCUGGCAGUGGGGCGUCUUCAUCAACACCUACCUGAGCUGGGACGUCAGCGUCUCGCUCUCCCUGGGCUUCAAGACCAUGGACUUCCCCGCCGUCACCGUCUGCAACGCCAGCCCCUUCCGGUAUUCCAAGGCCAAGCGCUUGCUGAAGGACCUGGACGCACUGAUGAAAGCCGUGCUGGAGAGGAUCCUCGCGCCCGAACCCAGCCACGCCAACGCCACCAGCACGCUGAACUUCACCAUCUGGAGCCACGCGCCCCUGGUCCUCAUUAACGAGCAGGAUCCCCGCCACCCAGAGGUCCUGGACCUCUUCAGCCUCUCCGGGAACAACCACAAUGGCUCCGCAGGCGGUAGCCCGGCCCCCGGAAGGAUCUGCGGUGCUCCCGGGUGCAAGCUGGCCAUGAGACUGUGCAGCCUGAACGGGACCGUGUGCACCUUCCGGAACUUCACCAGUGCCACCCGGGCCGUGACCGAGUGGUACGGCCUGCAGGCCACCAACAUCUUCGCGCAGGUUCCGCGCCAGGAGCUGGUGCAGAUGGGCUUCCCCGGGGAGCACAUGAUCCUGGCCUGCAUGUUCGGGACAGAGCCCUGCAGCUACCGGAACUUUACACACAUCUUCUACCCUGAUUACGGCAACUGCUACAUCUUUAACUGGGGCAUGAAGGAGAAGCCACUCCCUUCAGCUAACCCUGGGGCAGAAUUCGGUCUGAAGCUGAUCCUGGACAUCGACCAGGAGGACUACGUCCCCUUCCUCACGUCCACUGCGGGGGCCCGGCUGGUGCUCCACGAGCAGAGGACCUACCCCUUCAUCAAAGAGGAAGGCAUCUACGCCACGUCGGGAACCGAGACCUCCAUCGGGGUGCUGGUGGACAAGCUGCGGCGCAUGGGCGAACCCUACAGCCCAUGCACCAUGAAUGGCUCUGAUGUAGCCGUCAGAAACCUGUACAGCGACUACAACACCACGUACUCUAUCCAGGCCUGUCUUCACUCCUGCUUCCAAGACCAUAUGAUCCGUAGCUGCGGCUGUGGCCACUACUUGUACCCACUGCCCCCCGGGGAGAGAUACUGCAACAACCAGGACUUCCCCGACUGGGCCUACUGCUACUUCGACCUGCGCAUGAGUGUGGCCCAGAGAGAGACGUGUAUCAACAUGUGCAAGCAGUCCUGCAAUGACACCCAGUACAAGAUGACCAUCUCCAUGGCCGACUGGCCUUCUGAGGCCUCGGAGGACUGGAUUUUCCAUGUCCUGUCUCAAGAGCGAGACCACAGCAGCAAUAUCACCUUGAGCAGGAAGGGGAUUGUCAAGCUCAAUAUCUACUUUCAAGAAUUCAACUACCGCACCAUUGAGGAAUCAGCAGCCAAUAAUAUUGUCUGGCUGCUCUCAAAUCUGGGCGGCCAGUUUGGUUUCUGGAUGGGGGGCUCAGUGCUGUGCCUCAUCGAAUUUGGGGAGAUCAUCAUUGACUUCGUGUGGAUCACCAUCAUCAAGUUGGUGGCCUUCUCCAAGGGCCUGCGGCAGAAGAGAGCCCGGGCUCCCUACCCUGGCCCGCCCCCGACCGUGGCUGAGCUGGUGGAGGCCCACACCAACCUUGGCUUCCAGCCUGACAGUACCGCCCACAGCCCCCGGGCCAAGAGCUACCCUGCCGAGGAGGCCCCGCCCAUCCCCGGCACCCCACCACCCAACUACGACUCCCUGCGUCUGCAGCCGCUGGACACCGCGGAGUCAGACAGCGAAGGCGAUGCUGUCUAGACCCCCUCCUCGCUUACCCCAGGCAGCAGGAACUUGAAGCCAAGUCCACACCACAGCAGAGGCCUCUUCCUACAGCGCCCUUUCCAAAGAGCUGGGGCCCAGGUGUCCGAGGUCAAUGCCCAUUCCCUCCACUGAGUGGCAGCGGAACCUGGCCGUCCCAGGGCUGGUGUCUCUGCGAGUCACAGUGCCGGCACAGAUGUGGGAACCGGGUGCUCACCUGGCCCCUGCCCACCACCUGUCCUGCCUUGCGGCCUGCGAUACCCUCAGGCUCCAGAGCCCCUGAGGCACCGGCCAGGGUCAGGGUCAGGAGCAGGCAGGCCCUUUGCUGUGGCCCCUGCUUGGCCUGGCCGGGCUGUGGGGGAAACGGUAGUGAGGGCACUGCGGUAAAGAACAGAGGAGGCAUCGGGUGA